GUGCGUAUAGUACGGCGAUCCUCAGAGUGUUGCUGCCAUUCACUCACAGCGGGUUUAAAGCGCAUCGUUUUAACAACAGACUGAAGCAUCUGUAACCAUGUCUGAGGCUGAGUUUCAGAAAGCAGCAGAGGAGGUCAAACAGCUGAAAGCGAAACCAGCGGAUGCUGAGAUGCUGGAAAUCUACAGUCUGUACAAACAGGCCACCGUAGGAGAUGUUAACACAGCUCGACCAGGCAUGUUAGACUUCACUGGCAAGGCCAAAUGGGACGCCUGGGAGGCAAAGAAAGGAAUGAGUAAGGAUGAUGCUGUGAAAGCCUACAUCGCUAAAGUAGAGGAGCUGAAAGGAAAAUACGGGAUCUAACAGCCGGACCCCAUCAGAGCCAGCCUGCCUUUACCUGUACUUUUCUCCUCCCAUAAAGCGCCUUACGGCCUCCAGUUUGUCCCUCACGAGGGUGUUACGGUUUCGCUGUAGCACGCAGACUCUGUUCUGUGUGAGAGAAUAGGCACAUUCCCCGCAGGCCAAGAGAAAUAGUCCACCAGCAACCAUAUAGUGAAAGCAACAAAUAAACCAUGUAGUGAAAAGCACAAAUAAACCAUGUAGUGAAAAGCACAAAUAAACCAUGUAGUGAAAAGCCCUAAUGAAUGCAAUGCCAUAAAAUCACUUUUUCAAAACCCCCGUAUUCAAUUUGUGUUUUCUUACAAACACUGAAGAAGAUCAACAUGUUUGAUUUCCUUCAAAAAAUGUGAUGUGUUUGAUUUAUUUUUUUAAGUGAGAGACCCCUGUGGACGAUUUUGUGAUUAAAAAUGACCUGAUCAAAUAUUCAAAUGCA